CUCUCUCUCACACGGCCUCAUCCAUCCAUCCCCACCUGAGCUCCCACCGGAGAAAACCACAAAACCACCCACCCAAAAAAACCAACCCCCUCCGCGAUCCCCAUUUCAAAAUAACCCCGCCGCCUCCGCCGCCGCCGCCGACGAGGAGGGGUCACCGAUGUUGUCCGACCAGGAGCUGGCCCGGUACGUGGAGUCGUUCGUGCGCCAGGCGGCGGCCGUCCCGGGCGCCGUGGCGGCGGCGGGGGGCAUAUCGGCGGAGUCCGUGGCGCGCCAGCUCGGCCCCCAGCUCGGCCUCGACCUCACCCCCAAGGCCCCCCUCAUCCGCGACAUCCUCCUCGCCCUCUUCUCCCCCCCGCCGCAGGGGGCCCCCUUCACCUCCUCCGCUCCCUCCCCCUCCGCCUCCGCCUCCGCCUCCGCCUCCGCCGCCGCUGCUGGCCACUUCUUCUCCCAGCAGCAGCAGCAGCAGCAGCUGCAGACGUUCCUGACGGCGUCGCAGCAGUACCAGCACCGCGGCGGCGCGGGGGCCGCGGCGGCGCCACCGUCGGCGUACGGCGUCGCGGCGGCGGCGGCGGGGUACAGGUACGGGCAGCCGUUCCCGCAGGACGAAGGGGCGCAUCUGCAGAGGCUCGUCCAGAUGCAUCAUCACCAGCAGCAGCAGCAGCAGCAGCAGCAGCAGCAGAUGGCGGCGGCGGCGGCGGGGGUGGCCGCUGCGCCGCCCACGGCUGUGGAGAGCCCGCGCCCCGCGGCGGCAUCGAAGAAAGAGAGUGCAAGUACUGGAGUAAAGAGAAGAGGUGGUCCAGGUGGGCUAAACAAAGUCUGUGGUGUUUCUCCUGAGCUGCAAGCUAUUGUUGGUGAACCAACCAUGGCUAGAACUGAGAUCGUUAAGCAGCUUUGGGCAUACAUUCGCAGGAACAACUUGCAGGACCCAAACAAUAAGAGAAAGAUUAUCUGCAAUGAUGAGCUGCGUCUAGUCUUUGAGACAGAUAGCACUGAUAUGUUCAAGAUGAACAAGCUUUUAGCUAAGCAUAUUAGACCACUUGAGGCAAAAAAUUCAAAUCGAGAUUCAAAGAAGUUGAAGCCUGUCGACAGCGAACCCAUUUCUCCUGCUGAAACUGAUGUUAACCAGCUUCCAAUUAUCUUGUCUGAUGCUCUUGCGAGCUUUUUUGGGACUGGAGAGAAAGAGAUGCCCUCGUCUGAGGCUGUUAAGCGUGUUUGGGACCACAUCAAAAGCAAUAAUUUAGAGGAUCCAGCAAAUCCCACCAUGAUAUUGUGCGACUCAAAACUUAAACAACUCUUUGGAUGUGAAAGUCUAACUGCCGUGAGUGUUUCGGAGUUGCUGUCACAACACCUUUUCAAGCAACCUAACAAGCUCUAACUGAUGAAUCGUCUUACUGGACUCUAGUUGGUCUAACACCCUGGUAGUAGGCGCUGAUGAAACAACAGAAAAUGCUGAAAGUGUUUAUUCUAUGCUUUGUAUCCAUCAAACUGAUUUACUUAUGAGAAAAAGGCUGUAGGCUAAUCUCUUCACAGUAGCAAGGAAAAAGAAUGAUAGUUGUUGCAUAUUAUGUAGUCUUGAGUCUUCUUGGAAGAGUCACAUGUGGUAGGCUAUCUUGAAUUUCUAGCUUGUUAAAUACUGAGUAGAAAGCAGCACCGAAGCAAAGUUAAAGCUGAUGAACUUUGCUUGAUGUAAAAAUCAGCAAGCAUAGGUGCGUUCUAUGGUAAGUAGUUGCUUUCACCUUUGUUGCUUGAAAGCCUCUUACAUUGUUAGUGCUCUUGUUAAAAGGACACCUGUGCUCUCCCUGUAUUAUGUUGUCGGUGAUGCUUAAUUUAAAUUUACAGUUUUAGAUUGUCAUCAACACAUUAA